GGAAGUGGCACAUUUAAAAACUGGCAGUUGAAGUCGAGCCUUUUUUUUGUGCUCUAUAAAGAUACACCGGAUUAUUGACAUCGUCAACAAGCUACCCACAUCCAUGGCCGAUGUGUUAAACGUCACUUCUACUGUUACCGGUUUUGCAGAGAGAGAAAAUGGAAGAAGAGGAGCACACGGACCGGAAGCACCAGCUUGCCAUGCUCUAUCAUAAGAUAAACAAAAUAAAAAAGUAUUUCAAUGACGAUGACACGGACAACAUUAAGCAGGUUAUCGGCUCAAACUCCCCUGAGUCGUGCCAGUCAUAUUUGGCGGACCUGGAGAAGAAAGGGGACCCCCACUUGGAUCGGAACCACCUCACCAGACUUAUUGACUUUUAUACCCGAGUUUUCUCCAACAUGCCGCUGGGGACACAAAGUCAGAAUGAGAGCUAUGCCAGGCUGCUGGUCCGAUUUGCUGAGCUGAAAGCAAUUCAAGACGUCAAUGAGGCAGAAGCCAACUUCAACGUGGCGAGAUCUCAUAGCCAGAACUUUGCAUUUGUUCACAUUGCUCAUGCACAGUUUGAGCAUUCCCAAGGCAACACAAAGAGAGGCCUUUACAUAUUGCAGAAUGCUAUUGAACUGGGGGCCAAACCAAAGGAGCUGCUGGAGGCUGCCUUGCAAAGCCUCCAGCCGGGGAAAACACGCCUCUUCUGUUUAGAGGAUAAGGAAAAUGUACCUCAGUUGUCAAACAGUAAUGUGCACGGUUCUGUCAAAAAGGGCUCCGUGUUCCAAAAAGUAUGCAGAACAUCGGACGGCACCGGCGACUUGCAGCUCUCCAGUAUUUUUGGUUCCGGGUCGGAGGCUCUUGGUGGAUCGGCAGAUGACCAACCAUCAGGCUGGAGACCUGGAUCUCAUUGCAAGAGAAUAGUUGGCAUGCCAGGGAGAGUUCCCAUUGUACCUUUCUCCAUCCCAGAAAAGGAUGAUGAUUUCAACAUUAAUGAGAGGCCCUCAAAGGGGAAUGAUGCAUCAAUCCACACCAGCAUGUCCAGGCAAACUUCUGGCUCAAACGUGAACCCGCUGUUCGGCCUGUCGUCUUCCAAGAAAAAUGACGUGCAUCGUUUCUACGAUCGACCGCCCGCCGUCAGUCCAGAGUGUUUCCCCUGGGAGGACCAGGCCGCCGUGAACUCCACCACCACACACCUUCACACACACGACACACGGGACGCCCCGAGGAUAGACGCAGACGUGACGUUCAACUUCGACCAGGUGGUCAAUAUCAAUUCCCCCGAGUCGUGUUGGACGUACCUGAUGAACCUGGAGAAGAGCGGCUCGCCUCACACAGACGUCAACAAGCUCAAGGACUGUUACUCAAAAAUCAUCUCCCGGCUGCCGAUAAAACAGUUCAGCAAGAACAACAGCUACGCCCGAAUCCUGGUCAGAUAUGCAGAGCUCAAGGGGAUUGAAGACCCCGAUGAAGCCCAGGACCAGUUCAUCGUUGCCAGAUCCAACUGUAGAGGCUUUGCCUUUGUCCACGUGGCACACGCCCAGUUUGAGAUUUCUCAAGGUAAUGUGAUCAAAGCCACUUCAAUUCUGCACAAAGCCCAGGCAUUGAAUGCCCGGCCGGCGGAGCUGCUGGAGAUGGCCGUCCGUAACCUGAAGGCGGGGGAGAAACGGCUGAUGCCCUCCAGGGAGGAGGAGGAGGAGCCUCCCGCAGAUUUGCAACCGGUUGCUGCGGUAAACGUGUCCGCUUGUGGGAGAAACCAGGAAGUCCAUCUUCCGGCUCGGGUCCCCGUGAAGCGGCCGGCCGAACAGCCCAAAGCUGCCGGCAAGGAGCCGUCGUCUGAGUGGAAGAUGCCGACGCUCCUCAACCGGCACAUUUCUCCACAGGAUAAACGAGCGACACCUCCUGACCCCAGACCUGUUCCUCGUUUGACGGAGUCCCUCCACACUCCGUCCCUCCACACGCCGUCCCUCCCCACUCCGUCCCGCCCCACUCCGUCCCUCCCCACGCCGUCCCUCCCCACGCCACUAAACCAGGCGCCGUGCUUCCAAACUCCACAGUUGUCCCUCUCUGCGUUGUCAAAUGAAACCAUCACCAUUAAGGGCAAACAGUUCGUCAUCCUCAAGAUGAUUGGACAUGGUGGAUCUAGUAAGGUCUACCAGGUGCUCGAUCACAAGAAGCAGCUGUUUGCUGUGAAGUGCGUCGACGUCGAGGAGGCGGACGCUCAGACGAUAGAAAGCUACAAGAAUGAGAUCGAACAUCUGAACCGCUUGCAGCAGUACAGCGAUCAAAUCAUCAAGCUCUACGACUACGAAAUAACCGACAGCUACAUCUACAUGCGGAUGGAGUGUGGAAACUUGGAUCUGAACACGUGGUUGAGGAACCGCAAGACGGUGAAUCCUCUGGAGAGGAAGUUCUACUGGAAGAACAUGCUGGAGGCCGUCCAGACCAUCCACAAACACGGAAUUGUCCACAGUGACUUGAAGCCCGCCAAUUUCGUCAUCGUGAACGCGUCGCUGAAGUUGAUCGACUUUGGCAUCGCCAACAGAAUCCAGCCAGAUGUUACGAGCAUCAUGAAGGAUUCACAG